GCUGAAUAUUUUCAUCCCGUGCUGGCUGUCGCAGAAAUGGGAACCAACGCGGAGCCGCAAAAGCGUUACAUCUGCUCGUUCUCCGGCUGCUCGGCGAUCUAUAACAAGCAGUGGAAGCUGGACGCUCACCUGUGUAAACACACGGGAGUCAAGCCGUACACGUGUGACCGCGACGGCUGCGGUAAGUCCUUCUGUAGCCCCUACCACCUGGCCCGACAUGAUCUGACUCACAGCGGCGUGAAGCCGUUCACCUGCACCGUGGACGGCUGCACGGAGGCCUUCUCCACCAACACAAACCGAGCCAGACACAUCAGCCGCGUUCACACCCAGGAGCAGAAGAAGUACGUUUGCAAAUUUGAAGGCUGCGGCCUCGAGUUCAAGAAGAACAAGCAGCUGAAGUCCCACAUGUGUGAGCAGCACACCCAGCUGCCCCCUUAUCAGUGCACCUAUGAAGGAUGCCAGAUGCGAUUCACCGUCCCCAGCAAACUAAAGCGACACGAGAAGGUACACAGAGGGUACCCCUGCAAGGAGGAGGACUGCACCUUCACAGGAAAGACCUGGACAGAGUACAUGAAGCACAAGAAGGAGCAGCACAGGCUCAUCCUGAAGUGCGACCAAUGCAGCAAGGUGUUCAGGGAUUCCUGGUUCCUGCAGCAGCAUCAACACGUCCACUCUGAGACGCGGGUCGUCCUCAAGUGCCCCAGGGACAACUGUAACAGGUCAUUCACCACCGCUUUCAAUCUGGAGAGCCACAUCAGCUCCUUCCACGAGGAGCUGCGGCCCUUCACCUGCACCCACGCAGGCUGCGGGAAGACCUUCGCCAUGAAGCAGAGCCUCCAGCGUCACAGCGUCGUACACAACCCGGAGAGGACGAAGCUGAAGAAGCCUAAACCCAAAAGAACUCUUGCUUCCAGGUUGAGCGGCUACAAUCAAACAAAGAAAACUGUGUAUAGAAAGCACAGGGAGCCUGAAUCCACCAUAGAGUCUGCGCAAACCAAGACGGAUCCACCUGGUCCUGUUGAGUUAGUGUCCCUCCUGCAGGACACGUCUUUGCUGUACAGCCCCACUGUCGACACACAUGAACUUACUAAUGCCUUGACUACACCUAUGACAGUGUAGAGUCAAGUGGAGGAGAAAAAACAUUUAUGAUGUACUGUCAUUUCUAACUUAGUUGUUGGAGGUUAAAAUGAGUCCACCUCUAUUGAGUCACCAUCUACCUUUGGGCUGUUUUGGUUGUAAAGUCAGCACAACUAAAAGAGAUUUUGACUUUGAGCCAGAUCCUGAUGUUCCGUCUUUCUAGGUGUUAUCAACUACUUUUUUCUGUAUUUAAAUAAUCACAGGGACAUUUUGAUAUCCCAGAGCCAUUAAAUCUGUCCACUCUAUUUGUGCCAUUUAUAUUUAAGAAAAUCUAUAUUUUUGUUCAUAUUGUAAAGUUAAGAUUUGUGUGUGCUUUUGAAAAAUGUCCGAAAAUAUAACUCUGCAGAAAGACAGUGUUUGUUCAAAUAAAACCUGUGUAAAACCUGAA